AUGCAACGAGCCUCUUCUGCAGUAGAUUUUUCAAAUUUAUUGAACCCGCAAUCUACCCUCGAUCAAGAGGCUGCGAGGCAAAAAUCGGCGUUCCUGUCGGACCAACAGAAGCAGCAAGAGGCAGAAAUGGCAGCUGUGAGUAUGAUGCCCAACAUGGGAUCUGGGCAGCAAGGCGGCGAGGAGAGAGCCGACCUGCCACGUCCUUACAAGUGCCCCCUGUGCGAUAAGGCUUUCCACCGCCUCGAGCACCAGACCAGACACAUCCGAACCCACACCGGUGAGAAGCCUCACGCUUGCCAGUUCCAGGGCUGCACCAAGCGCUUCAGCCGAUCGGAUGAGCUCACCCGCCACUCGAGAAUCCACAACAACCCCAACUCGAGGAGAAGCAACAAGGGACAGCAGAAUGUCAACCCCAUGCAGAACGGACAACAGCACGGACAACAGCAAGACAUGGCCAACAUGAUGCCACCACCAAGCCAGAGCUUCUCUCGCUCCGCACCCGCAUCGGCCAUUGGCUCACCCAACGUCUCACCACCUCAUUCGUACGCUACAUACGCCACGGCACCUCCAUCGAAUCUCAACCCGUAUGGUCGCAGCAAUGGCUCGAGCCCAAACAACGGCCAGCAGCACUCGCUAGACAUCAACAUGCUCGCCACCGCCGCAACCCAAGUCGAGCGUGAGAGCAUGCCCGCCACGCACCUCCCCCAGCACUGCAGCUCGAGACACCACCCCUACUACAGCCACAGCAGCCGCAACCACCUGCCCUCGCUGUCCGCCUACGCCAUGUCGCGCUCGCACUCGUACGAGAACGAGGAGGACCACUACGCCCACCGCCACGCCAAGCGCAGCCGUCCCAACUCCCCACAGUCCACCGCGCCCUCCUCCCCAACCUUCUCCGACUCCCUAUCCCCAACGCCCGACCACACACCGCUCGCGACGCCCGCGCACUCGCCGCGUCUGCGUCCGUACAUUGCGCCGUAUGGGAGUGGCUACGAUCUGCCGGGUAUUCGUAAUCUGAGUCUCCAGCACGCGCCGGCGUUGGCGCCGAUGGAGCCGCAGAAGUUGGAUCAGCAGUACAAUAAUCCGAGUACCGUGACGCCGCAGGGCCCGAGGCAGGGGAUGACGAUUAGCGAUAUCAUGUCUCGUGCGGACGGGGCGCAGCGCAAGUUGCCAGUGCCGCAGGUGCCCAAGGUUGCGCUGCAGGAUCUGCUGAGUGUGGAGAGUGGGUUUAAUUCGAGUGGGCAGAGCUCGACGGCCGGGUCGCUGGCGGGGGAUUUGGAGAGGAUAUGA